AGUGAUUGGCUUCUUAUUUGUCCGCUGUUCUGAUUGGCUACUUUAAGGUCCUUAUUUAAACCAUGAUGGUGGCCAACUGACUGCAGUUUAAAGCACCCCAUGUGAAGUUUAACAAUGCAUUUGUAGCAAUGAAGACCCAGUCUUUGGAGUGAAAGAACAUUUAGCACAGAGACGGGAGAGGAGGGAUUGGAAAGCCAUGGAGCUGCCUGAGCUGUACGCUGUCCUCAAAGGAGAGGUGGCAUCAAUAAUGGAAUAUGGUGUCUUCAUCAAAAUCCCAGGCUGCAGGAAGCAAGGUCUGGUCCACAGAACCCACAUGUCGUCCUGUCGAGUGGAGAACCCCGCGGAGAUUGUGGAUGUUGGAGAGAAGGUGUGGGUGAAGGUGAUCGGCAAGGAGAUGCAGGAUGAGAAAGUGAAGCUGUCUCUCUCCAUGAAGGCCGUUAACCAAGGCACUGGAAAGGAUCUGGACCCCAACAACGUGAUCCUGGAACAGGACGAGAGGAAGAGGAGGGAGUUCCGGGAUUACUCCAAGCAGAGGAUCACCCUGGAGGCCGUGCUCAACACUGUCUGCAAGAAGUGCGGCUGCAAAGGCCACUUUGCGAAGGACUGUUUCUCUCAGCCCGGGGGAAUGAAGUACGGCUUGGUGCCGGAGGAGGAGGAGGAGGAGGAGGGACAGGGGGAGGGGCCUGGGCAGCAGCCCAGCCAAUCGGAGAAAGCCCCAGCCAAGAAACGGAAAAAGGAGAAGAAGAUGAAGAAGCAGAAGCACAAGGAGAAGCGAGGCGCCUCGGACUCGGACAGCUCAGACUCCAGCAGUGCUGAGGACACCAAGAGGAGGCGCUCCUCCUCCUCCAAGAAGCAGAAGCACAAGGAGAAGCGAGGCGCCUCGGACUCGGACAGCUCAGACUCCAGCAGCGCUGAGGACACCAAGAGGAGGCACUCCUCCUCCUCCUCCUCCUCCAAGAAGCAGAAGAAGAAAAAGAAACACAAGAUGCAGAAGCACAAGGGGCACCGGCAUCGGGAUUGAACUUGAGGGAGAGGGGAGAGGGGAGAGGGGAGAGGGGAGAGGAGAGAGGAGAGAGGAGAGAGGAGAGAGGAGGAGGGGGGAGAGGGGCUGCCUCGCGAUUGAUUCUGUGAAACCAAACCUGACACCCCCCUCAUGUCUUUAACGGGACAGGACUGGUCUUUAUUUAAAAAGAGGCCAGACGUGAACUUAUUAAGAUUUAGAAUUAAACCUGAUAAUAGCUUUUAUCAGACUACAGUUGUUGUUUUUUUAUUUUUAUUACAAAAUAUAUAUAUUGAUGAAGGGUUACUGAAUGUGAAAUGCUGAUUGGGUAGUAAUGGAGUCAUGUGUGUUUGUUGUGUUAGACAGACUGAUCAUUUACUGAUUGUGGGGUAUCAUUUAAAAUAGGUCAUUCUUUUUUUGUGUUGCCCAGUGGAAGGCAGGGGGUUGUGGGUCUGGAGGUGUGAACUUUGGGUGCACAAGAUGCCAGCAUCAGCACAAACAGGUCUUCAUGUAAAGGGUACUCUUGAGAUGGUGCAGCUUGAACAUUUUACACCAGGAGCAAACACAAGGGUAAUACAGUUCUGUGGACAGGGACAUCCAAAAAUGAAAUAUUUUCCGUGGAAGUGGUUUUACCUUUGAUGGAACAACCGUAGGGGCUAUAUUGUCACAUUCUUAUUUUUCAACAUAGUUUUUGGGGUCCUGGGAAACAGGUUAGUGACAUCACAGCUAGGAGUCCUGUAGCAGUGCGGCUUCGUGUAUACAACAGAUUUGGCUUGAAGUUGAAGGCAUGGAAACACUUUAGGGGCUUGCUGGAAUUGAACUGAAUAUGAUCUUUAAUAUUUCACAUUAGCAUUAGUGACAUAUUAACAGCUGCACACUUUGCCCCACAAUAAUGACGCUAUUGCCCAUGAAUAACAGUAUCAUUUUCUCAUGAAACCUUUCAUGCUGGAAGCACGUCUGCAGAUACAGACCUUUCUUUUCAAACAUGAUAUGCAUAUAUAUAUAUAUAUAUAUAUAUAUAUAUAUAUAAAAUAUAUGCAUAGCCCCAGUGCCAUUGAAGGAAUAUGCAAGAGAGCGAAGGGCUUUGCCGUGCACCCCUCAUUGUGUGGUGUAGGUUGGAUAGGUGUCCCUAAAAAACACCCCAUUCUACUAGAGUUUGUGUGCUGGAGAAACCCCCCACUGGUCUUUUGGCAGGAGCUCCAGUGGCUUGUCCAUCUGCCAGAUCUAGGGGUACAUACUGGCCGUGGGGUUAGGCCAGUUAUCCAGGAGAGUGAGGCGGUUUCCUGAAUUCCACCCAGAGCUCUGGGGCACGUGUGAUUAGAGGACAGUUUCCAUUGAUGUUUCCCCCACAAAGCAUGUUCAAAUCAUAGCCGGGACAGUCACCAAUCCCCCAUGCGAUACCCACUCAGCAGGAAAAACACGUAUUGAUAUUUGACUAUUCAGACAGACGCUGCUUCCAAUGCAUUUGCAAGAAUCAUUUGUUCAUAACAGAAUUGAAAACACAAAUGCAUGGGUCUCAAAUAACACACAGCCUCCUGUACAGAGUCUCACAGGUCACAUGAUUGCAUAACUGGUUUAGUUAAUUGAAACAGUAGAAAUUAGACUUCAGUUAAACACAAAAAAGUCUGCACAAAAAUGACUUUUAUACCUAAACUAAAUGAAAAGGCAAGACAUGUUUGUAGAUAGAAUGUAAUGAAAUAAGGGGAAUAAAAAAAAAAAAAAAAAAACCCCC